AUGGCCAAAGCCCUAGGGACAUCCCCUCAAAGUGGUGGGAAUAUAGCCAACUUGUCUAGGGAGGGCCAGCCAUCCAAUCAAACAGGAAAUUUAUCUCCGAACAAUGAGAGCACUGAGGUGGCCCCUCCACCUUAUCACAAUUGGCAGGAAGCUGUACCAGACACAGCUACACUCCCUCCUCCGCCUGCAGUGAGUUUCCUGUAUUCGGCCACAGGCAAUGCGUCGAGUGAUGAUGCGGAGCGUGCGCAUCAUUUCUGCGACAAUACUCCUCUGUGGAAGCCUGUCCAGCCUUCAGACGUUGUCUAUUCCAAUGUACAGAGAUACGAUUUCAGUCUCAUACAACCACCGGAGUUUAAGGGGACCUUGACUACGAUCCGCAACGGAAGAUGGAAAGGUAGAAGUCGGGAAGACUGCCAGGAUUGUGUGCUCAUAACAAGCCUGCCUCUCUAUUUCGCUGCCCAGGACUCGCCUUUUGCGACGAAGAGAUCCAAGACCAUCUACUUCGAGGUCAAACUCCUUGGUCUGGAUAAAAGGACACGUGCCGCCGCUGCGGACGCGUGCGGAUUCUCCAUCGGUUUCCUGGCACAGCCAUACCCAACGUGGCGAUCUCCAGGUUGGGAAAGGGGCAGUGUUGGAGUGUUCUCCGAUGACGGCUGUCGCUUUGUAAAUGAUUCAUUCGGUGGCAGGGAAUUCACGACAACGUUCAAUGUGGGAGAAACCGUGGGCUUGGGAAUGACCUUUGAACUUUCUGAUGCUGGUGAUUUGCAAGGCGUGGGAUCAGCUUCAGCACUUCGAACCUUGCAGGUCAAAAUAUUCUUCACACGUAAUGGACGGGAAGUGGGCGGAUGGGAUCUUCAUGAGGAAGUCGACGAGGAUGCUGGUAGUGUCGAAGGAUUGGAGGGCGAUUACGACCUAUACGGGGCGGUUGGCUUAUUUGGAGGUGUUGAGUUCGAAGCUUGUUUUGACAAGGCUGGUACUAAAUCCUAUUGCUUCUUUUGGGAUGGCUGCUCGUGUGUGGUUGAACGCGCAGUCGACCCAGCUUGA